AUGCACCCGCCGAGGAGGUUGGUGUACAAGCGUGUUCGAACGACCGAGCCAGACGGAAGCCGCGACCGAGGCGACGAGGGGCGGCCCCCUGUCGCUGGUACGCCUAUCGCGCGUCAGAAGCGUGCGUUGGACGGAGGCGAGGAAGGCGGAGGGGACGGAGGUGAAAGCGGAGGGCGGCUGGACGCUCUGCUGCGAAGUAAAGGCCUCAACACCAACUAUGCUUCUUGUUCGCCGCCACCGCCGACCGCCGCUGUGUUCGACUACCUGGAAGUGAGGCGAGUGAAGGCAAGGGCAGUGGGUAUCGUUCGCAAGAACAGCCCCGCUCCCGCAGACUCGUCAGGGCGAGGCGGGCACGAACAGGACCCUUCUCCGCAGUCGAGUGGACUGGCAUCAGAUGGAGCUGCUACGGCUGCUCCAGCCAACCUGCACGUGAUUGACCUUCACGCUGUUGGGCAGGCUGAUGCAAGUACCAUGAUGGAUACCUCGGUGAUGGGCGAUGCGGGGGCAGCUGGAGGCGCUCAUGUUUCUACUGCGAAGCGCGCAGCGGCACCCAUUCUGACCCCUGCAGAGCGGCAGAUGGACAAGGCUAUUUUCACGGCGUUCCAGACAGGGGACAUGUCGAGCCUCCGCGACAUCCUCACAACCUCCUCCUACCCGUCCCCCGCCGGUGUCAACUACCGCCGUCGACUGGGCGACGCCUCCACCGCCCUCAUGGCCGCCGCCUUCCACGGCGACCUGGGCACUGUCCGGCACCUGCUGUCUAUCGGCGCCAAGGCGACCCUUGUCGACGCCCACGGCAGGAGCGCCGCGCUCUUCGCCGGCAUGCGCGGCCACCGCGAGUGCUUCGCGGAGCUCCAGCGCGUUGCCGAUCAGGAAGAGGAAGAGGCGAGGGUUCGUUCCUCGAAGCGCCGCAGCUCGGGAGGGGGAGGUGGUGGUGGAGGCGGCGGUGGUGGCGACUUCGUGUACGAUCUCUACUACUACGAACCUGCCGCACAGGCCUCGACGGUGGGACCGCCGGCAGUGGGAGCCCCAGCGCCUGGGGCGGGGGCGGGGGCGGGGGCGCCGUCUGCUGCAGUGCCUACCUCUUGCGGAAAGCUUGGCGAAAAGCAGACGACGAUUAACGCGGCGGGCGGCGGCGCGCCUCCGGUCGUGCGUCUCUCUGGGAUCGGCCCCGUAGACGAGAACGCGGUCGGGACGAUGGCGGCGGGCGUUGAGCUGGAGUUCGAGCACGACUCCGACUGGAGCGGUCUCGGCGAAGAGGGCGACGAUGGGGAGGACCCCGACUCGAACUCGGAGGGGUAUUACGGCAACGAUUACCCCGAGGAUGAGGGAGACGAAGAAGGUUCAUCCCGACCACCGCAGCAGCAGAGAGAAUGCCGUGCAAGAAACGGCGGUCGCAGCAGUGGCAGUAGCCGAGGAGUCUUGCUGCAUCCAACACAACGCUCGUCCUCCUCGGCUCGAAGCAACACGUGUCGCCCGUUGAACGCUGGGUUCGGGCAGCGAGAUGACUCGGCAGCAGCAGCAGCAGCGAAGUCUUCGAAGAAGAAGGGGAAAGGAAAGAAAGCGGCGAAACAGGGAGGCGGGGCUGCCGGGGGUGGGGGAGUUCCAGAGGCGGAAGGCGCCAAGGGCACGGGGCAACGGCAGCUGUUCAUGCAGUUCACCUGCAAUCUGUGCGAAGGGGUGAGCCAGUACAUGAUCAACAAGAACGCCUACGAGGAGGGCAUCGUGAUCUGCACGUGCCAGUCCUGUGGGGCGAGGCACCUCAUCGCGGACAACUUGAAGAAGUUGGACUUUCCCGCUUUCGGGAACAAUAUCGAGGAGUACAUGCAGUCCACCGGGACGCCGGACGAGGUGACCAAGGGCAGAGCGCCCGACCUCACUCCCGAGAUCGCCGAGAAGUUCGACGUGGCCAUGGGCAAAGACGGGGUUCUCACUCUCUCGCCGAAGGACGGCGCGGUCGGCGAAGAAGGCGAAGAACCUCCCUCCUCGUGA